CGGCAGCGCAGAGCAGAGCUCACACACUCAUACAGCUGUUCAGCGCUGAGGAAACUCUGGUGAGCUGAACCGAGGAGCACAGCUGAGAUAGAAGUCAGAGGGAGACAUCGGUACCUGAAACAGCAGAGUUAACUGAAGAAGACGCAGCACAGGACAGUUUAUCUCAGGACGGAGCUGAAGGAGUGGAGAUAACACAGACCAGACCUUUGCCCCCCUCCCCUGCAGACUUUCACCUCCCAACCCCGGUCCAUCAGUCCCCACCCCCUCCGACCAAACCCUCAGCACACCGACUGAAGCAACACAUUCUCCAGUGGCCUGCAGAUCUCACUCACAGACGUUAACUCACAGACUGUCUGGCCCAGAGGGUCGCCAGCGGCAACUCCGAUGGAAGCUCCAACCCUGGCCGAGAUGGGAGACUUGUGUCACCCCCGAUCUUCCUCCCCUGAGGGGGAGACAGUGUGUGCAGCUCUAGCCCGUUACGAGAACACUCUCCAGGAUGCCAUCAGGGAGAUCCACGUGGAUGUCAGCACGUUCAAGCUGGGCAUGGAGCGUCGCCUGGAGGAGACUGCCAACCUGAGCGGGCCCCUCGGACGAGCUGUGGCUCAGCUGCAGCAGGAGAACCGGCAGCUCAAGAGUCAGCUGGAGGCUCUGACCCGACAGGUGGAGCUGCUGAGUGGCAUCACAUGUGACAGGAGCACCUUGUUGAACAACAACCACAACCACAGUCAGAACCUCAAGAAUCACCUAAAGGACAUUCAGGAGAACCACCAGGAGAUAAAGGAGGUGAUCUACGGGAAGGGUCAGGCCUAUACUCACAGCCAGGCUCCUCUCCACAUCCACAACCCCACCUUGGGGAGCCAAGCGCAGACCUUCAACAACCUCAGCAGUCCAUCCAGCCCCGCAUCCCCCCCGGCCACCUUCUCCUCCUCCCCCAGCUCCAGCAGCCCUCCUGCUGGCUCCAGAGUUUCUUCCAUGGUGACGAGCCCAGCGUCUGGCACCAGCCCCUCCAUCACCCGCUUCUCCAGUCGAGCCACCUUCGCCGUUUCCAGCAAGACCAACAGCAUUGAGCGAGAGGAGCCAAUAGAAGUGGACCCAGCCCCGACACAUGCUGGACAGGAGAACGGACACACUGCUGCACCAGAGCAUUCGGUGUUGGUACAUGGAAAGAUCUCUCCACCCAGCGACUUCCCACACGAGCACACAGCACCAGUCGCCAUGCGGAUGCCUCACCUUCCCAUCACUGCUACAACCAAGACAGCAGAAAUCAAAGGUUCUCCCGUCUUUCCCAGCAGUCCUGUUGGUUCUAUGUCCUCUUCAAUCCUAGAGGCCUCACCUACCGACCAAUCGGCUGCAAGCAUCACCCAGCCCCAAUCAGCGGAGGAGUCUCUAAUUCAGCCAGUGCCUUCUGUGAAGACAUGGACUCCUACACCCAUCAGAGCUCUGGGAUCUCCAUGUCUUCAGGAGAAGACAAAUUCAGCUCCCGCUAAGUCUGUGACCUAUUCAGGGCUGCCACAGCAUGACAGAGACGGUGAUGUUAGCAGUGACAGGUCCUUCGGGCAGAUCGGAGAGAGGAGGCGGGAGCUGGUGAGAUCGCAGACUCUGCCUCGUAACAUCGGCGCUCAGGCUCGUCGAUCCAUCUUUGAAAAGCUGGACUCUGAAGCCAGUAACAGUCGCCCUAAACCAGUGGACUCUAAACCAAAGCUGAAGCGGUCUCAGAGUUUUGGGGUGUCCAGCGCCAGCAGCAUCAAACAGAUCCUUCUCGAGUGGUGUCGCUCCAAGACCAUAGGCUACCAGAACAUCGACAUCCAGAACUUCUCGUCCAGCUGGAGUGACGGGAUGGCUUUCUGCGCACUGGUCCACUCCUUCUUCCCCACAGAGUUUGACUAUAACGCUCUGUCGCCCGCCAACCGCAAACACAACUUUGAGCUGGCCUUCGGAACUGCAGAAGUGAAGGCAGGCUGCGACCGGCUGAUCGAGGUGGACGACAUGAUGAUCAUGGGUCGUAAACCAGACCCCAUGUGUGUCUUCACCUACGUCCAGUCCCUCUACAACCACCUGCGCAAGUUUGAGUGAAGCUCAGAUGCCUCCACCAGAGCUCAACAGACACUACUUUAAUUGAAUUCUAAUUGCUGUCAGGCACACGCCUCUGUACCUAAGCUGGAGCUGAGUGGAGACCCAGACCUGGCAUGAGAGUCCUUUGGAAAGACUAGGUCUCCCCCUAGUGGUGGAUUAUUAGACACUCCUCCACUCGCUGCAAAAGAAGCACCUGGUCACAGAGGAAAUCCUCGCAGCUCAGAUCACAGUGACUCAUUAUUGCUGACCAGUAAUGAAGAGGAUGGAUUUAUAUACAGCUGUACAGGGUGGUCUGAAAAGUACUGUUCUUUAGUUUUUUAGUUUGUGUAUGAGUGUGUGUAUGUAGUUGAGAUGUAUUGGACAAGAGUUGCUGUGUUGUAUAAAUCUUUAUUAUCACCACACAUGUUUGAAAGUGAGCGUCCGUAAUAUUAAUCUUGAGCUUUGCACCGAUUGAGAGGAUUCUGUCUCACAACUGUCACUGAAAACUGUGUGUGAUGCAGCAUGGCACGCUGUUGGGAUCCAACACAAUGUUAUAGAGAAUAAAAUGAUAAUGUGAUGAGGAGCUGAGGGAUAUUUCCAUCCACAUAUGAGGUGUGACAUUGUGUUAUUGAGAUGAUCUUGAGAUAUGAAAAAUGAAUCCAAUAAAUUGUACCAUACACCUGA